AAGAAAACAAAGGGGCAUUCAAAACAAGUCUUAUUUCAACAAAAUUCACCCACCAAUAUGGAACGCUACAAGCACUUUAGCCACCCACACACUCUUUCCAUUCACAAAAUUUGCUUGGAAGGUGCACAACUCACUUGUAACGGCUGCAAGUUUCCUUGUACCAACACCCUGGUCUACUCGUGUAGCGAAUGUAAUUUCUUCCUUCACGACCAAUGCUUCAACGCAUCACGCUCAUUGACCCAUCCGUCACACCCCAAUCACCCUCUCUCGCUAUUCCCAUCCUCGACAUACAAGUCUGGCUCUUUUCGUUGCAACUCGUGUGGCAAAAGCGGUUCGGGCUUUUGUUAUUGUUGUUCCAAUUGUAGCUUUGAUCUUCACAUCCAUUGUGCUUACAAUACCCUAAACCCUAAAUACUCAACCUCUCCACCGAAUCAGGUCGAACUCAAAUCACACCCAAACCACCCGUUGAAACUUCUCCCCAAGCCACCUUACGUUAGUGGCAAACGUUUCUGUAACGUGUGUGGCACUAGGUGUAAUAACAACGGUGAAUUGUACCGUUGUAAUGUUUGUGACUAUGACGCGCAUGUGACAUGCACUACUUUACCACAAAGUGUGUGUCGCGAAGACCACGCACACUCGCUUUCGUUACUUUAUGUGAAUCCAUAUCCGGAUUUCACAUGUAAUGUUUGUAGAGGCGCUAUCUUACAAAAACACUGCAUGUACCAUUGUUCGUCUGGUUGUGAUUAUGGUAUGCAUGUUAAGUGUGUUGGGUUAAUUGAGUUGUCUAGGGGUCAUGGGUCAACGGGUCAGCAGGUUGCGGGUCAAGAGACUGGAUGAGAUGAUGUUUUAGUUGGAAACAUUUAAACUAAUGGCAGUUGAUACCAUUCUACUUGGUACUCCUGGUCUCCAUCAUAAUCGGUACUAUCUAUUCUAAUGGGUAUGUUCGUAAUUAAAGUCAAAAUCGAAGUCAAAUUUGUGUGUUGUUUCCAUUUGUGUAUUUACGUUUUACAUUUAAUCGUGUAACGUUACGUUAAUUGUUGAUGUGGUCUGAAUUGAAGUUUGUUGGUUUUCAUGUACAAAAUUGAAUAAUAAAUGUUGGUGUUUUAUUUA